AUGAGGCGUGCAGGCUUCAACGGACCUAUUUCUUCGGUCGUUCAAGAACUCAGGGAAUCUGAAUUUAAAGACGACACCUUCAAUCUUGAGGAGGACGCUGUAACUAACGGAGGAUUCUUCAACGCCAAGGGUAAGUAGAAGCAAGAUUUAUUACUAUUCAUCGUUUUUAGAUUUGGAUAAAACGUAUUUUUUUGUCUUUCACAAUCAUCAUCUAACGGUUUACAAAAAAGGAUGUUCUGCUCGACAGUCAACUGUCGUUCUGAACUAUUAUUUCAACGAUACAGCGUCGAUAAUGUCAGUCAAGUACUUCCGCGUUAAUGGUAAGGCUUUUAUUUUUAUUAUUGAAACCUGGGACCAAUUUCCUCUACCCUUCGCUUCCUACCCUUCGCUGAAAAUGAAAAUUUGAAUAGAAUUUUUUCUCAUUUUGGGGGGAUUUUCAUUCUGGGGUGAGGUCGGUUGACCGCUCUCUCAGAGCUCGGAAACUUUUCCGAACAUGAGAAAUACAAGUCGUAAUACAUGGAAUCAUAACUUAAAAGUUCACUUGAAGUUAUAUAAACAAGCUCCGAGGGCUUCGCUGGCGUUUUCAAUAAAUGAAUUACAAUAUUUGUCAAACAAGAGGGUACCGCAGUUCUUUUUGAGUGGAUUUUUUAUACAACUGAGAUUACAUUGUCAUUACCGUGGCCAGACACAUUGUAAACCCUUUUAAUCUGGAAAAAUAUAAGCUUGAACUGUUAAACUUGUUUUUAGGAUUUAUUUUUGCUUGUUAUGCUAUUUAUGACCCGCAAGAUUUAGGAAACAACAUGUGAAUAUUUUUUGAAUGCUUGAAAUACCGUUUUCCUGCAACUAGUAGUAAUUCAUUCUCAUCAAAUUGCAAAAAUUACAAAACAAAGAGGCCAUAACAAGCAUAAUAAACAUGAUAAACCUGAAAAAAAUGCGAGGUACUGGCAGGCCAUGAGGUAUUAAUCGAGAAGUAAAAAAAUAUUUUGAAGCAGCGCGGAUCGAACCCUGAAGGGCCUAAACGGCCCAUUUGACGGUCAAGUUUUAUUUAGAUUAGAGUAGAUUUCAGAUCUGUUUCGUAUUUUAUUCAAAACUUGAAGCUUUCAAGCUAUAGCUGACCCUUGUUGAUGUGCACCGCUCUUCGCAAUGCGUUUUUACCAAAAAUUUGGGUUUUCGAGAGCUCUGAGAGAGCGGUCAACCAACCUCACCCCAGAAUGAAAAUCCCCCCAAAAUGAGAAAAAAUUCUAUUCAAAUUUUCAUUUUCAGCGAAGGGUAGGAAGCGAAGGGUAGAGGAAAUUGGUCCCUGCCGGACAAAAUAAUUUUUUUUUGAGUUUAGAGAAAGUUGACGGUGCUCUGGUCGCAGUUCGUGAUGUUGCUCUUGAUGCCAAUUAUGUUUCAUUUAUUUCUUUCCAAACUAAGAAGCAACACAAAGCUUGUCUCUUCAAUGCUAAAAUAUCCCAUGUUCAUGUUUGUGUGGAUGGAGUGGCCAUAAAGGAGACAACUGGUCUAAGUAACGGCUUGGCCAAGUAUCCUCAUGUAUUGGUAGUCGGUGGCGAAGAGUCGUAUGCAGCUCUGUUCCACAUGGGAGUCAUUCCCGAGGAGCCUUGUGAAGAUAGCGCCAAAUUUCCGAGUAAAUGUGUUUCUCUGAUAAGUAAGUAAUUAAUUUGUUUUUUUUAUUUUCUGAUUUUAGAACCUGACGAACAGGGGAAUGUAGAAUAUGCAACGGAUUUGCGAAGUGGGUCGUUUAGGAAAGGUAGAUUACAAUUUUUCUUGAUAUUGAGUUUUAGAAAGCGCUGAAGUCACUUCAUUGUGUUAUGUCAAUGAAAGGAGAGUUAUUGCGGUUGGAUUGUCAAAUGGAAUGGUGUCGUUAUCAUCCUUAAAGACCGGAAUUGUGUAAGUUUUGUUUUGGUGGAUAUUCUUCGUGGAUCCUCGAUUUUAUGUUACGUACUUUAGCGGAUAUCUUUACAUCGGAAAGUUGUUUGAAGUCCUCGAGAUGACUUGGCAGGAUUCUGUUGAUGACAAUGACAAAUGUGUAUUCUUAUGGGCCUAUAUCCGUAGAACCUAUGACAAUCAGCAUGUCCUUUGUUUGUUCAGCAACUCUGGAGCCGUAGGAAACACUGAGAUAUCAUGGAUUAGAAGGUUCCAUUACAUCAUCAGAGAUUGCUCAGAACUUGUAUUAUUGAAAGCUGUUAUCCUCGACAAACAACAAGCAGCCGCGAUCGGGUUGACGGAUGAUGUUGAUGGAGAAGAUAGUCUGAAUACGACCAAUGGACCAGUAGAGGGCUAUUCCUCCAUCAUGAUCUUCAUGUAUGUGGAAAGCAUCGAUGGGGCUCAGGUUUUGAAGGUAUGAUCAGAAUAUUUUUGAUUAAUUUUUAGGGCUGUUUGUUUGAUCUGGAUGCAUAUUACACUAAAAGAAUGCCAGCCGAGCCAAUUCCGGACCGAACUCCUGCUCGUCAAUGUGGUUUCCUCUCUUUCUUCAAGGCUCCUAAUAACAUUUCAUUCAAACCGAGUGAUGUUUUGGAUGGUUUAGUUACUGGUUUGACCAGAUUCAAGAGACCAGCCUCAAUUGAAGGCCAUAGAGAUCAACUCUUUUAUCCCUCUUCUCUCAACUUUUCUAUGGAUAUUCUCACUACUACCAAACUCUGUCAGAUGGAUGUGACUUGUAUUCAAGAUCAAGUAAGCCGGUUUUAUGUUUUGAUUAUUGUAAUUUAGGUGGUUGGUCAGAUCGAAAGAGAUAUUGUGGAACAUUUCGAAAACCCCGAGCACGCGUCGUCUUUUCUCUACGCUCUCGGUCUUACUAAUUCUCUUCCUGAUCAGAAUGAUAUUGUUAUGAAGAGUUGUAUCUUCAGAAUAUUGCUCAACAAUCAUUAUCUUGGGUUGUUGAGGAUAGUGACGGACACCACGAUUCCUAAAGAGAUCCUCAUUUUUAUCGACAAAUGGCUUUUCAAGGAAUUGGAAGCAUGCAAAUCUAAGUUAGAGUCGGAACGUAAGGGAAGUUUAGCUUAUCGAUUAUUUUCAGACUCUAUGAUUAUCUCGGAACCUCUCAAGAAUAUUCCCAAAACCACGUUUGAGUAUCUUACCCAUUCCCGGUCUGUUUUUCGGAGAUCUUCUAAGAUUUUCUCGGAAUUGGCCAAUCGGUUUGAGAGUUUGAACCUGGAGCAAGGUGCGUUAUCCUCUCAAGGGGAGCAUUAAUUUUGAAUGUCUUUUUAGCAGCGUUAACACGCGUUAAAGCGCAUGCCAAGGUAGCUUCGGACUUUGUUUUGGUGGCCUCUGGAUAUCUUUUUGGUAUUCAUACAGACUUUUUACGACAAACCGAAGAAAAUGUGGAGAUUCUGAACAAAUUAAGAUUAGAGUUUGCUAAGAGAUCGAGCAUGGCCAGGCAUUUGGAUGUGAAAUUGGAGAUUCAUCAGAUUUUGGAUGAGAUUUAUGAAGCCAAUCGAGAGGAAAUCGAGGAAUCUCUGGAUGUUGAACUCGGAUCUGAGAUGUAUCCACCUGAAUGUUUUCUCAAUUUCUUUGCCAUUCUUCCAUUAUUCAACAUUUCUGAGGCUGCCAAACUCUCAAUCGUUGGAUAUUUUGCCAAGGAUCUUGAUUUGGUGGACAAACACUCUGAUUGGAACUACUUUGAUCGAGCCUGUUCUUAUUUCCUAAACGAGAACAUGACCUCGGAGAAGAUGAAGCAGAUGCUUGAUGUCUGGAGCUCGGAUUACAAACUUCUCACUAUUGGAAAAUUGGCUGAAACACCGGGAAUGGUGGAAUUGAAAUUACUGUCAGAUCAAGAUGGGGAGGAAUGUAUUGAUGAGAAAGAUUUGAUGUUCAUGCCUUGUGAAACUCAUGAAGAGAAGGUGAAAUUGCUCGAAUUGUAUUCCCAGUUACCCUUUGGAGUUGCCAAAUACAACAAAGAUAUGAUCUGCAGAAAACGAUACGAUCUUCUUGUUGAGGUAAGUGCAAAAUAAAAUUUAAAAUUAUCUUCAAAGCUACCACCCAAAACUGACGAAUUUGAACCUGAAUUUGUGAAGGAGGUGAGGUUGGAUCUAUUGAAGAUAAAGAAACAAUUCCCGUUCGCUUUUUCCAAGAAUUCCUUUCCUCCGGAAAUUUUGGAGAGAUGUCGACAAAAAGGUAAGUUAAUGAUUCUAUUUUAGAUGGUUAUUUCUAGGAAAUGAAGUUCCCAGAAUGGUGUUGACUGCUUCUUCAGGCCCAGCUAUCAUUGAAAUUCCAUCUCGUAAGGGAUUGUCUGGAAGGAUGACCCAAUUAAAUGAAGAUAUGAACAGUUUAUUUCCUGAAGAACCGAUCCCUAUCCAAUUCCCUUCUCAAGAUUCAGAAGAGAAGAAGGAGAAUGAGGGAAUGGUCACUCCACCGUCCAGGCAUUCCUAUCUGCUUCCUCAGAUCACCCCACCAUCUCAUCGAAGAACAAUGACUUCUACUCCAGUCUCCGUUAAGACCACUACUACUCCGGUGAGGGAUAGAGAAGGUGUUCUUCUUAGUAGUGCAUUGAGGGUAAGUGUAUGAGGGUGAUCAUAGGUAUGUGUUUAUUUUAGUCCAAAGAUAUGGCGAGGAUCAAGAAGAUGACGACUCCAUUAUCAGUCAGGAAACGGGUCUCAAUUUUCGCUACGAAUACAACUACCAGAUUCAGAAGAACGGUCUUGGACCCCCAAACUUCCACCCCGGUCUCUGGAAGUAUGUCGACGCCGCCAGUGACUAAACGAUCCCCUCCAAAACCAACAUCGAUUCUAAGGAGAACUGGCUCCACAAGGAGUAAGGCGGUCAGUGAGCAGAGAAUUCAGUUUACAAAGACCAAGAAGAUCCAUCACAUCCCUUCAAAUGCUGAGAAGUAAGUCCAGAACUGGUGUUAGGAGGGAAGUCGUUCGCAAAUGAGUUGAGCUAUGAGACCGGUAUAUUCAGAACCUCCAUGUUCGAAAAUGCUAAGGGGUAAAGCAAUUUUGGUGUCCGGGCCCUGUUUUGGAAAAUCCACCAUGAAGUCUUGGCACAAGGACCAAAUGGCAGAGGGCGAGUGAACGCUUUCAAAAUCCUUUUGUCCGGGUUGCCGCGACAGGUUGUCUCCAAAGAACUUUGGUAAUGAAAAUGGAAAGAAUGAACACGGUUUUUUUUUGUUGGAGGAUACCCGAAAAAUUGGAAUCAAGCAGUCUUUCAAAAAAUCGUUUAAUUUUUUUGGUCGAUUUCCUCGAAAACUGGGUCCGGACACCAAAAUUGCUUCACCCUGUAACGUUUUCGAAUAUGGAGAUUCUGAAUAUACUGGUCUCAUAGCUCAACCUAUUUGUGAUUUGAACGACUUCCCUCGUUAGUUGUAUUGUUUUAGCCGAAGAGCACAGAAUGCUGAGAAUUCGUUCACUGAAUUCUCGAAAUUCGACGAUUCGACGGCGUCUGAGAUGUCCCAACACUCGGUCGACAAUGAAGAGCCGGAUCGAUCCUUGAAUUUUGACGAGGGAAACAAUUCAGAUGACGAAAAUGAUGAGCUUUACACUCAGGAGAGGGCCAAAGAAUCUUCUCCUGGGAUGCAAGACGAAGAAGUCAGCCUCUCUCCUCGAGAAAUAUCCCCAGAUGAGAAUAAUUUGGAGUUGUCAAGUGAACAGAAAGAAAAUGUUGACCGACCUCAGGAAUCAAAAAUUGAUAAGGAAAAUGGAAGUGAAGAAACACCUGCAGAAGGAGAAGAGGAAGAAGAAAUUUAUGAAAAUGCCCCGAAUCCAUAUGGAGAUUAUGAUGAUGCAGAUUCAGACGACGAAGAAGAAAAAAAGGAAGAAGAAAAAGAACCAGAGGAAUCUGUUGGAACUUCCGGAGUCAAUGAAGAACCUGCAAUAGACACAACUUACACGAAACCGGCUGUAAGUCAUAGGAAAUAUUAGAUUGUUUAUUUGUUUUGUUAUUGGUUUUAAUAAAAAUUACAUUUAGGACGCGACUUAUUCUGUGAUUGUUGAGAAUGAAGAUGAUCAGGAUGAGGAAACGGAGAGAACUUACAGUUUCCAAGAGCAGCAAGAGGACGAGGUGCAAAAUGGAGUGGAAGGUAACGAGGAUGAUAAAAGGGCAGAGGGUGGAGAACAACCAGUAUUAUCUGCUCCUCAGAACAAAGCACAAACUCCGGAACCGGUUGAACAUGAAGUCAGGUCUUCCCCAUCAAGAUCUCCUAUUUCAAGGUCUCCUCGGUUGUCUCCUGUGAAGGAAAUUCAAAUUACGGUGGUUGAAGAGUCCGAACCCGAGUUUCCAACUGUUUCAAAAAUCAGAUCUCUUUCCAAAUCUCCAGUGAAAGAAGCCGCUCCAUCAGUUGAAGUGGUGUCGGAGCCAACCGACGUCGCCAGAAGAAGAUCUCCCAGGAAAUCCCCGGCCAGAGAUCCUGAAUUGACUUCUGAAUUUGAGGUCCAUCAAAAAAGAAUAAUAGAAGUAAAGACUGCAGUAAGAAGUGUCAACGAGGAUGGAACGUCAUACGAAGAGAGCGAAAGAAUUGAGAUUAGAGAAGAUAUCGAGGUAAGAGAGAACAUGGAGAAAGACGAGGAAGAAGAAAAGGGAGAAACGAAUGUUGAACAAGCCAAUGGAAAGGAUACUACGGAAAAGAAUAAGGCCCAAGCGGAGAGUACUACCGAGAAAUUUCUGAAACAGACUUUGAUCCCCACCAGACGGCGGGGAAGACCAUCAAGAGCUGCCGCUCUUCAAGCUCAAGCUAAACUUGAAGAAGAAAUACAAGCAAGGAAUCGUAAGUUGAAUAACCUUUGUUUAUGUGGGCUUUAAUAAUUUUAAGAUUAUUUUAUUAUGUUUUUCAGGGAGGUCGUCUCUUCGACAGGCAGCAGCUCAACGAAAAACUCCGGAGAAUUCAGCUACUCCGGAGCCAGAACCAUCACCCAAAAAAAGAGGUCGGCCCUCCAAAGUGGUGAUUCCUGAAGUGGAGAUUGCAGAAUCCCUUAAAAGAACGAGAAGAGCAUCUUCGGCGUCGACGAAAGCAACAGCAUCAACUAAAAGGACUCCCAAGAAGAGAACGGAGUCAGAAGAAACAGAAGAAGCUCCGGCCGCGGCUGUCAAAAGACCGCGCAGAAAUUCGGGUGCCAGAAAUCCCGUAAACGAAGAGUCUCUGAAGGAACCUAAAUGUAAGUGUGUUUAUGGGUCCAAGAUGGGUUUCUUUACCGUUUUUUAUUCAGCUCGAGACCACAGUCCCCAAUCUUCAAUUGCGACGUCAGACACCUCUCGCAAGUCCCCCAACAGAAGGAGAACUCCAUCCGUGACCCCUUCUGUCGCUUCAGAUGAUAGUACCACUCUCAGAAGGUCCCCGAGACUUCGAAAAUAG